UAAAUCACAUCCAGAUCUACCAGUUCCACCCUGCCAACAUUUGCUUCUCUCUAUAAAUUACACAAAACUUGAACUCCAUAGCUCGUGCCGUUCUCUUCUCUCCCUCUCUUCUUUAGAACUUGAGAAGGAAACAGUCCUAAUACCUCUGUUUUAUAUCCGAAAGAACAAUGGCAUCUCACAUUGUUGGAUACCCUCGUAUGGGCCCCAAGAGAGAGCUCAAGUUUGCAUUGGAGUCUUUCUGGGAUAAGAAGAGCAGUGCUGAGGAUUUGGAAAAGGUGGCAGCUGAUCUCAGGACAUCCAUCUGGAAGCAGAUGGCUGGUGCUGGGAUCAAAUACAUUCCUAGCAAUACUUUCUCUUACUAUGAUCAGGUGCUUGACACCACGGCAAUGCUCGGGGCUGUUCCACCUAGAUAUGGCUGGAGCGGUGGUGAGAUUGGAUUUGAUGUCUACUUCUCUAUGGCCAGAGGAAAUGCUUCUGUGCCUGCUAUGGAAAUGACCAAGUGGUUUGACACAAACUACCAUUUCAUUGUCCCUGAAUUGGGACCUGAUGUCCAGUUCUCUUAUGCUUCUCAUAAGGCAGUGACUGAAUACAAGGAGGCUAAGGCUCUUGGAGUAGAUAGUGUUCCAGUCCUUAUUGGCCCUGUCUCUUACUUGUUGCUUUCUAAACCUGCUAAGGGUGUUGAGAAAACCUUUUCCCUUAUCUCCCUUCUUGGAAAAAUUCUUCCUGUCUACAAGGAGGUUAUUUCAGAGCUUAAAGCAGCUGGUGCAUCCUGGAUUCAGUUUGAUGAGCCUACACUUGUGAUGGAUCUUGAUUCUCACAAAUUGCAAGCAUUUACUGAUGCAUACUCUGAAUUGGAGUCAACUUUAUCUGGCUUGAAUGUUCUCAUUGAGACCUACUUUGCUGAUAUACCUGCUAAGGCAUUUAAGACCCUCACAUCUUUGAAGGGUGUCAGUGCUUAUGGUUUUGAUUUGGUGCGUGGAACUAAAACUCUUGACUUGAUCAAGAGUGAAUUUCCUAAGGGCAAAUACCUAUUUGCUGGAGUGGUUGAUGGAAGGAAUAUUUGGGCCAAUGAUCUUGCUUCUUCUCUCAGCACCCUGCAUGAACUUGAGGGCAUUGUGGGCAAAGACAAACUCGUAGUCUCCACCUCUUGCUCACUUCUUCACACUGCUGUUGAUCUCGUCAAUGAGACUAAGUUGGACAAGGAAAUUAAGUCAUGGCUUGCAUUUGCUGCCCAGAAAGUUGUUGAAGUAAAUGCAUUGGCCAAGGCCUUGGCUGGUGAAAAGGAUGAGGCUUUCUUCUCUGCUAAUGCUGCUGCUCAAGCCUCAAGGAAGUCCUCCCCUAGGGUGACCAAUGAGGCUGUUCAAAAGGCAGCUGCUGCUUUGAGAGGUUCUGACCACCGCCGUGCUACCAAUGUUACUGCCAGACUAGAUGCUCAACAGAAGAAGCUUGAUCUUCCAAUCCUCCCAACCACCACAAUUGGUUCCUUCCCACAGACCAUUGAACUCAGGAGAGUCCGCCGUGAAUACAAGGCCAACAAGAUCUCUGAGGAUGAUUAUAUUAAAGCCAUAAAGGAAGAAAUCCAGAAAGUUGUCAAACUUCAAGAGGAGCUUGAUAUUGAUGUUCUAGUCCAUGGAGAGCCCGAGAGGAACGAUAUGGUUGAAUACUUUGGAGAGCAGUUGUCUGGUUUUGCCUUCACAGUUAAUGGGUGGGUGCAAUCUUAUGGAUCUCGUUGUGUCAAGCCACCCAUUAUCUAUGGUGAUGUGAGCCGCCCCAAGCCAAUGACCGUCUUCUGGUCAUCUACAGCCCAGAGCAUGACUGCCCGCCCAAUGAAGGGAAUGCUUACGGGCCCUGUUACCAUCCUCAACUGGUCCUUUGUCAGAAAUGACCAGCCCAGAUUUGAGACAUGCUAUCAGAUUGCCUUGGCCAUCAAGGAUGAAGUUGAGGAUCUCGAGAAGGCUGGCAUCAAUGUUAUCCAAAUUGAUGAGGCUGCUUUGAGAGAGGGCUUACCUCUUAGGAAGUCUGAGCAAGCUUUCUACUUGGACUGGGCAGUGCACUCCUUCAGGAUCACCAACUGUGGAGUCCAAGACACCACCCAGAUCCAUACUCACAUGUGCUACUCCAACUUCAAUGACAUUAUCCACUCAAUUAUUGACAUGGAUGCUGAUGUGAUCACCAUUGAGAACUCUCGCUCUGAUGAGAAGCUCCUCUCAGUCUUCCGCGAGGGAGUGAAGUAUGGGGCUGGCAUUGGCCCUGGUGUCUAUGAUAUCCACUCUCCUAGAAUACCAUCAACUGAGGAGAUUGCUGAUAGAAUUAACAAGAUGCUUGCAGUUCUGGAGAAGAACAUCUUGUGGGUUAACCCCGACUGUGGACUCAAGACUCGCAAGUACUCUGAGGUCAAGCCUGCUCUCAAUAACAUGGUUGCAGCAGCCAAGCUCCUCCGCACCCAGCUUGCUAGUGCUAAGUGAGUUGUUCAGGAGAUGUUGGGAGUAUAAACCUCCCAAAACAGUUGAUUCUUACUGAGAGGAAAAAGAAAAAUGAAUUAUUGUUGAUUCAAUAACUGUGGUUUAUGAUGAAAUACCAAUUAGGCAUGAUGUGCCCAGAGGGCUUUUUUGUUUUUUUUGGCUCAUUCAAUAUUUUGUAUUUUGUUUUUGCCUUCAACUUAUUUGAAAGGCGUGAAAAUUGCUUACUGUACCUUGCGAUGGAAAUCAAUGGAAUACCAUUGCCGGUUUGUGCAUUAA